AUGUCUUCGUCGCGCCGGCGCGCCCGCCGCUCAGUCCAGGCCGCCCGAGAAAACUCACUUCAUGACGACGAGGGCUCCUUGCCUGUAGAUGGAUCGUGGCGCAUGGUGGAGGGCGAAAACGACAGCUUCGGCACUACCGUACUUACCUCCGUGGAACGUGACGAUGAUAUCCUUGUCCCUCUGUCCAGUGGUCAGCCUUCCUCCUCCAGCUUUCCCUCGCAGCUGUCGUCUCAAGGAAACAUGAGCAUGGCAUCUGCCACGGAUUCUCAGGACAGCAUCAGCGACUUUACCAAGCACCGCAACGAGGACCAGGUCAUUCUUCGAGAGCCGUUUCCGCCUAGUAUUACUUCGCCGCCGAGUUCAAGGGUGCACGGCGGCUAUUACACAGAAGGUCCCAGUUUCAGAAUGCCUCGGAUAGAUGUUGGGGGCUCAAGACGCAGUAGCGGUAACAGCUCUCGCACCAUCCGACCACCUGGACCGGGAUCGAGCCUCGACGGCGAGGGCGAAACCCAUCUUAGGCGACGAGGCAACGCCUUGGCAGAAAGCCCUGCGAAAAGGGCAACUCGGCGACAAGCGUCAACACUCCAAGAUGAAUGUAACCACAAAGGGAAAUCUGGCGGACCCGACACAGUCGGGGACAUGGUUGCGUCGUCACUGUCGUCCGCUUUGCUCAAAAUCUUCGUCUGGGCCGGGGAGCUCAUUCUCAUUGCACUCAACUUUGCCAAAUACCCUCUCGGGCUGCUUCUUGCCGUCUACCUCAUCUUUGGCGGUGCCAUCAUCGUACAAAACAUGGCCACAAGAUCCGUCUACUCGGCCAUGUCACCCAUAUGCCGCCUCCCAGGAACGUCAUAUCUACACCUCCCAUUUUGCCCGCCCCCCGGGGCCAACGACUUUGGCAGCCCGAACGCAACGGCCGGUCAAACCGUGGAGUUCGACGACCUAAUGGGCGUGCAAUCGAAAUUCGAGCAGGUCCUCGAAAGAAGCGCCGACGGAGUCUCUCUGCCCUUUGAAAUGAAACGCUCAGAAACCGCCGUCAGAGAUCUGCGGACCCUCGUUCGGCACAGUGACAUCCAAGCCCGGCACGAGCUGGUCCUGGAGUUUGACGGAUACAUUGAAACGGCGCGGUCGGCGGCGUUGGCCCUGCAAAAGUUCAACACGCACGUCGGCUCCGCCGUCGAUGCCGUCAUUAGCAUCAACCGCUGGACGUCACGGUACAUCGACUCCCUCUCUCCCGAGUCGGAAACACCGCCGUCGCUGCUCUCCGAGUGGGCGCGCUGGUUUUUCUACCCCUUCCAGCCCGCCGACGAGCCAUUCAGCGAGCGCAUGAUUCUCGACAAAUAUAUCGAACACACUGGCCUGGUCUCGGAGCGCAUAUCCACCCUCAUCCUCGAAGCCCAGGCCGUCCUGCGCCUUCUCACCAAAGCAGAGGACCACCUCGGCGGCAUAUACGACAUUACGUCGCGCACCUCCGCGAGCGUCUCGUCCCGCCGCGAAGAAAUCCUCUGGAACAUAUGGACUCUUGUCGGCGCCAACUCGCGCAGCCUAAAGCGCCUCUCGCAACAGCUCUCUCUCCUGCAACAAGUCGAUUCGCAGCGCUCCACGGCCGUCGACCAGGUCAGCGAGCUUAUUCUCGAGCUUGAAUCUAUUCAAGCGAACCUGGGCGAUUUGCGAGACCAAGUUGCAGAGCCGCAGCUUGUCAGUGAAUCGAGGACGGUCUAUAUACCCCUCAGCGUGCACAUCGAGACGAUUGAUCGCGGUGUGGACAGACUGCAAGCUGCUAGACGGAGGAUCCAGGCCGCAGAGGAUGAUCGCGUCAGAGAUGCCAUGUCCCGGGGGGGGCUGAGAAGCGAUGAGGAUCGUUUGAUUGAGAAUGGGAGGGGGAAAUGA